AUGCCCUACUUAGGCGCUUAUAUCUAUGAUAUCACACGCCUAACAAUUUGCAAGUAUUGUGGAGCAAAAAUUUCUAGAGAAACAAGGAAUGGAACUUCGCAUUUGAAAGAACACUAUAUUCGGAAACACCAAAAGAAGGAUAACAUGAGGCAACAAGUUCUAACAAACAAUUUCAUGAACAAAGACCGUCAUCCGCUACUAACUUCAUAUAGUUUUGAUCCUGAGACGGCACGAAAAGAACUUGUAAGUGCCAUAAUCAUGCAUGAGUAUCCUCUCUCAAUUGUGGACCAUGUUGGAUUUAGGAGGUAUUUAAAUGCUCUUCAACCUUUAUUUAAGGUGCCAUGUAGGAACACAAUGAAGGCUGAAAUAUUCAAGAUUUAUGAGUACCAGAGGGGGAAGACAAUGAGUUUGGUGGUGAGUAAUGCAAGUAGAUCGGCUAUCACAACGAACAUGUGGACUUUGAGUAAUCAAAAGGAAGGCUUCAUGGCUAUCAUAGUGCACUUUAUUGAUGAUUCUUGGACUUUGCAAAGUCGCAUUUUAAGCAUAACGGUUGAUAAUUGCUCUACCAAUUAUGCCAUGGUUGAUCUUUUGUGGGACAAACUUGAUAGUACAUCACUCAUGUUGGGUGGGGAUUUGUUUCAUAUGCGUUGUUGUUCGCACAUUCUUAAUCUUAUUGUUGAAGAUGGGUUAGAUGUUAUCAAGGUGGGUAUUGAGAAAAUCCAGGAUAGCGUAGCUUAUUGGACAGCAUCACAAAAAAGAGAGGACAAUUUUGGAGAAACAGUCCGCCAAUUGAAUGUGACUAGUACUAAGAAAUUAGGACUUGAUUGUAUGUCUAGGUGGAAUUCAACAUUCUUGAUGCUUCAAACAGCCCUACUUUAUAAGGAUGUGUUCAAUUGCUUAAGCAAACGGGAUGCUCAAUAUAAUUCCUUACCAAGUGAAUGUGAGUGGGGGUUUGCUAGAGAUUUGAUUAGGGAAAUGGCCAAAAGAAUGGUGGAAAUUUUUGACAAGUAUUGGUCUAUGGUACAUGGUGUUGUUGUGGGGAUUUUAUCUGUGUUGGAUCCUAGGUACAAGAUCAACGUGUUGGAGUUUUACUUUAAAUUAUUGUUUCCAACAACUUAUAAGGAAGAAGUUGAGAAAGUUCGUGCAUUUUGUUAUAAAUUGCUUAAGGAGUACCAAAGUCCUAGUUCAAUGAUGGAGGGUAUUGGCGACUCUUCUUCCCAAUUAAGUUCCAUUGAUGAAGAGUCACUAUCAAAGUAUGAUGUCUAUAUGCUUAGGGAGUCGAAGAGAAGUAGGACAAUCGAUACUCCAAAAUUAGAGUUGGAUCAUUAUUUGUCGGAAGCUGGCUUGCCAAAAUUCAUAGGAUUUGAUGUCUUGAAUAGGUGA